AUGGUUGGAAAGAAAUCGGGGAGAGCCCAAUUGAGGGAAGAGGGUCUGGAGCGAACGGACAACAACAUGGACCUCACGACAUGGCCCCAAGUUGGCAUGAUCAACCAAAAGAACUACUACACCGAGUUCCUCAAGCGCGACGAACAGUUCCUUGCCGUACGAUACCCCAAGGACGAAGAGAGGGCGCGCAUAGUACAAGAAGCCAGGGAUAAGGAUCGCGCACGCGCGUUGGGGGUGCCAGCAACGGAAGGGGCGACACCACAGGUUGCGGACGAGACAAUGGAAGAUGCCGAGGUCUCCUUCGCAUCAAGAACCGACAUCUCCAAGCUCAUCGUGAUACAUCCUGGCAGCCAGAACUUGAGGAUAGGCCUUGGGUCGGACGCGCUGCCGAAGACUGUGCCUAUGGUCAUCGCGCGCAAAUGGAAGGAGAGUGAGGACGAGGAGGAUGAGGGAGAGCCUAGCCCAAAGCGGAUGAAGGUCGAAGGUGCCGUGCCCGCCGAUGCGCUGCCUGAGAAGUGGUUCGGAGAGGAUUUUGCCGACCAGUACAUGGCCAUGUCAUCCGAACUUAGGACGAGGAUGCGAUCCAACAAGCGACGAGUACUACCCAAUUCGAAAGACCUCGUAAUCAACUUCAACCGAAAAUCACCCCCAGACAUCAUCUCCGAACACAAUGACAUCAACCGCAUCGAGUGGACAGAACUGCCUGCAGAUCCCAAGAAGGCACCGGACUUCUUCACUGGGCACGACGCGCUGCGGAUACCCGAGAGAUCCAACCCGCGAUACAAGCUGUUCUGGCCGAUACGGAACGGCACGUUCAAUGAGAAGGACUAUCGCGACCGUAAUCAGAUCUACCAUGAUCUCUCCAAGAUAUUAGAAGAGGCUUUCCGGAAUCAACUUGGUAUCACCAGGUUAAAAGACCUUGUCAACUACAAGUGCGUCUUUAUCAUACCAGACCUCUACGAGCGACAAUACGUUACAAUGAUACUGGACAUCCUCAUGCGGGAUCUUGGCCUUGGAAAGGUCUGCCUGCAGCAAGAGUCGCUUUCGGCCACAUUCGGUGCUGGCUAUGGUGUUGCCUGCGUAGUCGACAUCGGUGCUCAGAAGACAUCGAUCUGUUGCGUGGACGAGGGCCUUUGUGCCGAGGAGUCCCGUGUCAACCUCAAGAUGGGCGGAGCUGAUGUGACGGAAACGUUCAUCAAGAUGAUGCUUUACGGGCAUUUCCCGUAUGCCGACAUGAACCUGAAGCGGAGAUACGACUUUCUGCUUGCCGAGGAGCUGAAGCAGAAGUUCUGCUCUAUGGACGAAGGCUCGGUCACCGUACAAACAUGGGACUUCCAUCUUCGCGCUUCGGGCCAAGACACGCGGAAGUACACUUUUAAGACGUACGACGAGACUAUGCUUUCUGUCAUGGGUUUCUUCAAGCCUUCAAUUUUCGAGAACGCGCGGAAACUUGAGAACAGGAGGAAGGUCGUGCCACGCUCUGUCGAUCUCUACGACGGCUCACCCAACGACCCCAUCUCGCAAGCACAAAUCGCCAUCAUCGAAGCCGCAGCCGGUAAACCCGUCGUACCCACCAUCAACGGCGCGUCAGAAGCCGUAAACAACACAGCACCCGCCUCAACCCCCCAACGCCCACAGCCAAACCCCUUCAACCUACUCGGUCGCCUCAACGACAACGAAGGCACACCCCGCUCCUCCGUCGCAGGCUCCCCCGGCCCCGAAGGCAGCAACACGCCCAACCCGGACCGCGACACCCCCAUGGGCGACACAGACGGCGCCCCCCUCCUCUUCCGCGACCCCAUCCACGAAAAGACCAAGCUAGCCGAAGCCCGCGACACCAUCCUCCCCAUCCACUCGCUCGACGCCGCGAUCCUAGAAUCCCUCUCCCAAGGCGCCCGCGGCGACGACCGCAAACUGCGCGACUUCUUCGGCGGCAUCAUGCUCGUUGGCGGCGCGUCCAAAACACCCGGUCUACGCGAGUUCCUCGAGAUGCGACUGCGUGAGUUGCGACCGGGCUAUGGUAAAGAGAUUCUUGUGGGGCCGCCGCCGCGUGACUUUGAUCCGCAGGUUGUGGCGUGGAAGGGGGGUAGUGUGUUUGGGCGGUUGAGUGGGCAUGGAAAUGAUGGCUGGAUUAGUCGGUAUGAGUAUGAUAUGUUGGGGGCGAGGCUGCUGAAUAAUAAGUGCAUGUUUGCUUGGUAG